AUGGACGACAGCCUUGCUUCAGCAACGGAGGAGAUCCGCGAAUCCCUCGACGACAAGAUGCCGUGGAAACAACUGAUGACUUACGAUCAUGCCAAGCGACGCCUCGAGACGGGGGUUCGAAAACAGGUUAUGUCAAGAAUUCAUCGGCAGGCUCCGACAGGACGCCUCGUUCAUCAACCAUCGAGGACGCAGUCCAAAAGGCAAGAACACUGGAGAAUGUGCUGCCGGCUCAGAGGUGUAACAGAGAAGGUCACGUGCAACGCAAUUGCCCGAAUCGACCACGACCCAACGACGACAGGUUCGACCGAGGAUACCAACGACACGACUGCUCACAGGGCGUAUCGAGUGGUAUGCGUGCAAACCGUCAAAAUUGAACCAAACACCGAACGGCUGAUACCAGCGACACUGCAAGAGACAGGCGUUCGUGCUUGUCUUCUUAUCUGCCCUUACCCCUCUGCUGCUUGUUCCCCUGGCGAAGAAGAGGUUCGACGACCACACUGGCCGACGUGCAGUCAACGGAGCACACGUCAUACCUGCUUUGGCGGCACCUACAACGGACGGCAUCAAUUUCGCCACGGUGCCACUAUCCACAACAAUGUGUGUUUGGUCGCCACAAUCAUGAAGAUCCGAGCCACCAUCAUAACUGAACAGAUACAGGACCCCACCAUCAGCAGGAUCAAGCAAGAGUUGGCACAGCAUCCGAUCAUCAAGAACAAGAUCUACCGACUAUUCUCGGAACUCUAG